AACAUGGCCGCGUACACCCCUUGUUGGCUGGAGCUAUACUAGCUUGCUAAAUGAGUUUAAAUAAGACAGAGCGUGAAAUUUGACUGAUUCAAAUUAUUUAUAUUGACUUUUAUAAAUCCAGAUCACAGAGAUUUAUUUACACAAAAAACGUUUGCAAAACUGGCUUAGUAGCUAACGUUAACGAUAUUGAAUUUGUACAUGGUUAGCCAAGCUAAUUAUGCUAUGCUAGCUUUAGAACAACCAUAACAAACAGUCAUGCUAGCUAGCUAAAUUAUUUAAAUAUACAUAUAUUGAGGGAAGUUGUUUGGGUUUCUAACAGCAAGACAGGCUGGACUUGACGACACACUUUGCCUGAGACGGGCAGGGUCAACAGUGAGGAGGAAAGUUGGCCAAAUCAUCAUCCCAUCUGGGAACACUAUUCUAUUGUUUCUCUGAUGGAUUCACUUUUAUACGUCCAGUCGGUAUGUCCACAGGUUCAGUGUGCAGUGGUACCCGUACGACACGGGCAUAAUUGUGUCCAGCUCCUUCGACAAAACCAUGAAGGCCUGGGACACAGACACUAAAAGCCCAAUGAAGUGUUCCAGUUUGAAGGGAACGUCUACUGCCACCACAUGUCCCCCAUCUCUAGGAAACACAGCCUCAUUGCAGUAUACCUCUGUUCUGAUGCAAGGCCUGCAGCAAUGAUCCUCUCCACGGAUUGUGAAAGCUGUUAGCAUGACGGCUGAUUGUGAAACAGCGGUGUGUGGGUACCAAAGACCAGAAACUACCGCUCUGUGAUCUGAAGUCUGGCUCAUGCAUCUAGGUUCUGCAGGGACGGCUACAGGAGCUCAGAGAGACAUGGAGUUCAGGGAUCUAACGGCCAGGGCCGGACUCUGGUAUGAAAACUUCAUGAAGAAUGCAGACCCCAGGACAGAAGACUGGUUUCUCAUGUCGUCGCCGCUCCCCCAAACCAUAAUAAUCGUGGCGUACAUCUACUUUGUCACCCGGCUGGGGCCCAGACUCAUGGAGAACCGCAAGGCCUUCCACCUCAAAGAAGUUCUCAUUUUCUACAACUUCAGCGUGGUCGCCUUGUCCCUCUACAUGUGCUAUGAGUAUGUGAUGUCGGGCUGGGGGACGGGCUACACAUUCCACUGUGACCUAGUGGACUACUCGGACUCGCCGCAGGCAGUGAGGAUGGCUGGGACGUGUUGGCUCUACUACUUCUCAAAGUUCAUAGAGAUGUUGGACACAAUCUUCUUUGUUCUGAGGAAGAAGAACAGUCAGAUUACGUUCCUCCAUGUCUACCAUCACUCUAUCAUGCCCUUUACCUGGUGGUUUGGGGUCCGGUUCGCUGCAGGUGGCCAGGGGACAUUCCAUGCCCUGUUGAACUGUGUGGUCCAUGUCAUCAUGUACUCCUACUACAGCCUGUCUGCCCUGGGCCCCGCCUACCAGAAGUACCUCUGGUGGAAGAAGUACCUCACCACUAUUCAGCUGAUCCAGUUUGUGAUCGUUACCACCCACAUCUGGCAGUACUUCUUCAUGAAGGACUGUCCCUACCAGUUCCCCAUCUUCAUCUACAUCAUUGGCCUCUAUGGCCUGGUCUUCCUCCUCCUCUUCCUCAACUUCUGGUACCACGCCUACACCAAGGGAAAGAGGCUUCCCAAGGUACUUCAGGCCAAAACCUGGGCCCACCCCUACAACAAAACCAACGGCGAAAUAACCAAUGGGAAUGGUUUCCACUGUGACAAGGAUAAGUGACAGGAGAUCAAUCAAUCAGGCUCACGAUCAAGGGUCGAUCUCAUUUGAAUAUGAGCCUAUUCAUGAACUGAAAUUAGACAUGGAAUUUAGAGUACUGAGGUGUAUUCACUAGGAACCAAACGGAUAGGUACCUACCUGAAUUUGUCUAAUAGAAACUGUCUUUUUCCAUUGCAACAUUUUGUUGGACUAAUGAUUACAUCCCAGGUUAGGUAUGCAGGAGUUUUGUUUUCCAGUAUAAAAGUCACUGCACUAUUGAACUGAAAGAGAAUUGACCCCUCACCUCUGGACCUUCUGAUAUUUUCUUUUCUCUCUGCUACAGCAAUCUCUCAGAGUUAUGACCCAAAGCUCUACUGGACUUUUUGUAUUAGAUAUUUUAAAGUUUUAUACCUGUGCUUUUCUUUCCUGUUCAGGGUGAAAGCACAAGUUGAGUGUUUUUUUUUAAAUAUUUUUUUAUUUUAUAAAUAGAUUGUAUUUGUUAGACGUGUGUUAGGUUAGCCAAUGUUGGGGCACUUCAGUAGCUUUGUCCCACCAGCCCAAAUGACCUCUGCUGUUUAGAGUUGGUGCUGAACCUCUCUAGCUUUGGCUGUAGAAUUCAGCUUUAUAAUGUGACCUUGCUUUCAGCUGGUUUCUAUAUUUCAAUACCUGUACUUUUUUAUAAUUUUAAUACAUUGUCUGUGCAUUUAAUUGUAAACAUUUGAUAUAUUCUGCUACUGAAAGUCUAGCAGGAUUUUGUCUGAGUAUGUGAGCCAUCUUCCAUAGUUGAGGCCUGAUGUAUUUCCUGGGUCUGGUCACAUGGCUGGGAAAAACUCUGGGCCCUACCCAUAGUACACCUGUAAUGGUGGAAGGAUACAGCAUAACCAUUUUGCCAGUAAGAACCGAUGUUUACAUGUAUACUGAGUGGAGUGUAUUGGUGUUGACACCACCCCCCCCCUUUUCAUAAAUUCCGCACCCAUUUCUCUCUGGUUUGAGUCACAGCCUCUACUGGUGCUGAGAAACUUUGGAUGCCAACCUGCUCGUACUGUUAAAGAGCUGUAGGCCUACUUGAAUCUCAUUGAAAUCUGUCUGUAUUAUGUCCAACAGAAGUGACGGUGUGACAUUUGAAGCCAGAGAGAAAAGCGUGGCACUGUUCUUGCAGUAACUGGAGCAGAGUGCACAUUUCGCUUUAGCUCUGUCGCAAGCAAAGAACGACACAUUUAAAAAAAAAACUGUAGCCAUUGUUUACCACUGCAUGCAUAUACGUUUUAUAUCCACUCUUCCAAAUUGAGUUCAGUCCUGAUGCCAUGCUUAUGACAGUUAGUAUGCUUUCUCACUGGGUGUGUUCACAUUUGGUUUUUCGCCUCCGAGCUCUGCUCAACAGGUGAUUGAGGACACAGCAUUAGCUAAGUGUAGGAUGGGCCUCCACAGGUGUAGUAAAACCCCAGUGCCUUGGGUGUAGGCUGAGUCCAAUAAGCAACAGCGAUCUAGCUGAUUUUAAAUGUAUUUGCUGAUGUUAGUUCUAGUGUGAGCGUGUUAUCCACAUGGGUUACUGUUCAGUGCCUUUGUCAAAGCCCCUCCAGCUCCACGUUGUAGUUAUGAGUGUCCUCCAGACGUGUCGCUAAUUCCGUAUAAAAACAGUAAUGUGUAAAGUAAUUAUUUUUGUAUUUAUAUAAAAAUAAUGCUGUUUUAUACAUCA